AACGUUGCAGCAUGAUGAAAAAAAAGAACAAAAAGCUGCAGAGAAGAAGCUUCAGGAAGUCCAAGAUGGUCCAACAAUCCCAUAACCAUCUCUGCAGGCUGCUGCUUCCACCAGUGCAGAGCUUACUCAGUGGCUGGCUCCUCCUUCCUCCCGGUUCUGCCCAACAACGUUUCGUGAAUAAACAAUUGGAUCAGAACAUUCUCCAGGAGGAACUUCUUUCAACGUCCAGGACCAGCUCAGCGAUGAUCUGUAGAUUUCCCAGCAUGAUGGAGCACCAAGUUACAAGGAAAAAGUGAUAACAAAGCUGCUCAGAGACCAGAACAAGGUGGGAUCUGCCGUCAGGAACCUCCUCGGAUCAGAACCUCACUCCAACCGACCCACAGCAUGAUGCAGCCACCGCCGGCCGGUUCUCAAAGAGCAGGAGGAGAAACAGAAGCAGACAAACUGGGAUCAAACCGCAGCAUCAAGAAGACAAGAACGGGUCGCCAUCAGUCAGGAUCUGGUCCAAAAUCUGGAAUCAAGCAGGUCAGAGAGGAUUCCAGGAGAAACGCUUGAAAUAAAUACGCUGAGCAAAAAUAAAACGGAUUCACUGACAAAAAUCUUUGAAACCACUCGAACCGAAACGUCAACAGCAGAAACGUUUGUUCUCAUGUGCAGAUCUGCUAGAGCUCAUUUUAAUAAAGAGGAUGUUACUGCAGCAGGUCCCAGAAAACAUGAGAAACAGGAAGAACGGCGAGGCGGCAGAGCGCCGUGCUGUCACAGCGUAAUUCUGACUCUGUGGUCAGCGGCUUGCUGAGUUGGAGCUUCUGUGCAGCAGCUGUCAGAAACGUUAGUUCCUCCUCGGGCCGUCUGGCUGCAGGAAGCCCGUCGAGCUGCGGGGCGUCCAGGCUGCAGGUCAGGUGCUGAGGACCAGCUGAGGCCGCACGUCAGACUGAGCUGCUUCGCUCUCAGAGGACCAAACAUGAUGGAAGGCUUCAGGUCAGAGGCUGAAUCCUGAUUGGUGGAAGACAUCUGAGUCAGCAGGCUUUCUGAAGCAGCCAUGAGCCAGCGGCACGUUACCGUCAAAGACCUGGGGGACACCGACUGCCAGGGCUGGCUGCAGCGCAGGAAGGACGGACGCAGCUUCCUGGGAAGCAAAUGGAAAAGGUACUGGUUUGUCCUGAAGAAGAGCUGCCUGUACUGGUACUGCGACAAGACGGCGCAGAAGGCCGAAGGCUUCAUCAACCUCUCUGGUUUCAGCAUCGAGCAGACCAAAGCCUGCAGGAAGAAACAUGUGAUAACGGCUAGUCAUCCUCACGUGGUCACCAUCUUCAUCGCUGCAGACAGCUUCAUGGACAUGAAUAAGUGGAUCAGCAAACUGUGUGAGGCGGCUGAACCCAACGAGCCCGUCAACGCCGAAGAGCGUUACAGCGAAGACAGCGACCAGGACACUGACGAAUCUGGGUCCACCUCUUGUGCCAUGGACUCUGAAGUGGACCCAACAGAACCAGAAGCCGCAGAGGAUGUCGGGUCUCUGUCCUGUUCCUCUAUCCCAGCCGACACCCUGACCCCGGACAGCAGAACCAACCUCUCCUGCUUGGACCUCCCGACACCAGGUGGUUCCAGUGAAGCAGCCGGGUCCCCCCCGCUCUGUGUCACGGAGGAAAGAGAAGAGAGGCCGACAGAUGAGAUGGAGUCUCUGUACAGACGGCUGAAGGCAGCCAGGCUGUCUCCCAUGGGACAGAAGGACUUCCGGGCCUCGUUUAUCCGCCGCAGCCCCAACGAGCAGGUCAACGAGAAGCUGCACCUGCUGCGCAUCCUCAGCAGCACCUUAAAGGCCAAAGAGUUGGAGCUGCAGGUGGUGGAGCAGAUCCUGGACCAUCCGGACCUGCCGGCCGCCGCCUACCGGCAGUGGAAACAGUCCAACUCCAUCCUGAUGGAGGAGAUCCUGCGGCGCGGCCGGCCGCCAGGGGGCGCCACGGGGCUCAGUGCAGAGGAAUCAGGUUAACGAGUCACAGCUGAUCGGAUCCAGAUCCAUCAGUGGCGACAGGACUGAACGGUUCCUGAACUGAUUCAGCAACACCAACCCAGUUCACCUAAAUGACCCAGAAUCGGUUCCCCAGACCCAUUCAGCCCCCCGGACCGGUUCUGUGUUCAUCCUGGUACCUAGAACCUGUGCAGCACCGCUUCAUUCAGACCGGUUCUUUUUGUAAACUUUUCGUUUUAGAAAAAUGCAACUCAGUUUUACAGAAAUCUAAUUUUAGAUAUUUCAGCUCAGAACAAAAACCCAAAAUGGUCUCAGACAACGAGUCUGACACUAGACCAGUGAAACCUAUUUAAUCCAUUUCAUAUCAUGGCCGACCGGACCGGACCGGUGCUGGAGGAGGUCACUGCUGAAGCAGCUGGUUCCCAGAACUGGAUCCAGGUUCGUGGAAAGUUGAGUGGAAGGAAAAGCUGCCCCAGCAUGGCCAAGGUGGUUCUGUCAGCUAACUGGACUGACCAGAACCCUUCAGAAUCUAUGGGGUGUUGUCCAGAGGAAGAUGAGCGACACCAGAACCUACAAAGCAGAUGUUCUGCAGGCCGCUAACCCGGGCUUUCUGAACAUCUCAGCAGAACCACAGAUUGAUCUGAAAUGUAUAAAAUGUGUUUUUAUUGUUGAGACGCUUAAAUUUGGGUUUUUACUCUGUGAGCCAGAAUCAUCAGAACUGCAAGAAAUAAAGGUUUUAAACUUU